AUGUUCUCUCGACCGCGCCAGCAAAGCAUAGUCGGCGGCGCCGGUGCUCCGGCCGCCGGUGCAGCUGCUGCUGGUACUGCUCCUGGUCCUGGUCCUGGUCCUGGUCCUGGUCCUGGCCCUGGCCAAGGGCCCAGUACUCCGGUCGCGCAGCAGAACAAUGGCCAACAGCCGCAGCAGCAGCAGUUCUAUGGCCAAGUCUUCCAGCAACAGCAACCACCCCAGCCGCAGCAGCAGCAGCAGCAGCAGUACACCCGCCUGCCCGACGGCACCUUUGUUCCGGUCCAGAACAACAUCAUCUACCAGCAGCAGCCGGUCCAGGGGCCCAACGGCCAGCAGUUUCAAUAUGUGCCCAUGUCGCAGCAGCAGUUUCAACAGUUUCAACAGCAGCAGCAGCAGCUGCUGCAACAGCCUCAAUUCCAGCAGCCGUUCCAGCAACCACAGCAGGGACAACACGGACAGCAAGGCCAACAGGCACAACAAGGACAACAAGAACAACCGCUGCCGCCCCUGCCAUUGGAACGGCAGUCGUCCUUUACCGGCCUGCCGCCCGUCCGCCGCACGUCGACGCUGGACUUUGACUUGGCCUCGCUGAUUGGCACCGACGACAAGGGCAAGUCGACAGACGAGCCGGCGUCGACGGAUGGUCAGCAGCGGGCUCCUCAGCAGGCUCCUCAGCAGGCCCUUCAGCAGGCGCCUCAACAGGUGCAGCUGCAACAACAGCCGCAGGGCCAGCAAGGCUUCUUCCCCACGCAGCUGCAGCAGCAACCCCAACAGCUCCAACAACAGCAACAACAGCAACAACAACCUCGGCGCUUUGGCACCCCUCUGAACUUUAUCCAGCAGCAGCCUGGACAGGCUGGGCAACCCGGCCAUCCUGGUCCUGGCCCUGCGCAGCAACAGCGGACAGCUUCGUGGGGUUUCCCACAGCAGGCGCAACAGCCGCAACAACCGCAACAGCAGCAGCCACAGGGCGGCGUGCAAAACCUCCAGAGCCACCCGCCGACGACACAGCAGACCUUCCAGCCUCAGCAGCAACCUGCCCAGCAGCAACCUGUCCAGCAGGGCUUCGCAGUGCACACGAAUGCGCCCACGGCCCCCGCGUACAACCAACUGCCCUCGCAGCAGGCGCAGCAACAGCAACAACAGCAGCCCCCGGCCCAGGGCCAAAAGAGCAGCAACCCGCUCCAGCGCUUCCUCCCCAAGGCCGGCAACUGGAACCUCCAAGAGUCCCACCUCCAGGAACCCUUGGCGUCCACGCGCCACCGCUCGUCGCCCACGGCCGACUCCACGCCGGACGGCCAGUCGUACUCGUUUGACAAGGAGACGGGGCUCAACUCGGCCGAGGCGCAGCUGACGCGCCAGGGCACGAUGGGCACGAUGGGCACGAUGGGGACCGAUACGUGGGGUGCCUCGUCAUCGGGAUCGGCCCUCCAGGCGCCGCCACCGGUUCUGGCUCAGGUGCAAGCACAGGCCCAGCAGGCGCAACAGCCUCAACGGCCUCAACAGCAACCGCUGUCCCCGGACCAGCAACAGGCACAGCAGCAGUUCCAGCAGCAGCCAACCGUGCAGUCGCCUGUCGCGCCCGUUGGUCCAGUCUGGACGCAAGGUCAGGGGCAGGGCCAACAGCAAAACAACGCCGUCCAAGCCCGCCCGCAACCGGCUGGUGCAGCAGCAGCAGCGGCCGAUGACAAGGGCCGCCGCUUCUCCAAGAUCUCGACGUGGCGCAUGUCCUCGACACCGCCCUCGUCGUCGCACUCCAACAAGAAUGCGCAGGGUCAGCCGCCACAGGCACAAGAGCAGGCGCCAGUGCCGCCAGGCAGCAGUGCCGGCGCCCUUUCUCCAUCGCCGUCGCAGCCGCAGCUGUUGCAGCAGCAGCAGCAGCAGCCGGUACCCCAGCAACUGCCCCAGCAAGGUCGGCCAGUACAACAAGGACAGCCGCAGUUCCAGCCUCAACAGCUCCAACAGCAGCCCCGGCCGGGCCAGUUGCAGUUCAAUCCGCAAUUCAUGAACCAGAUCCAGGGCCAGAACCAGGGCCAGAGCCAGAUCUACCAGAACGUGCCUCCGCAGCAGCACCAGCAGCUGUUGCAACAACAGCGCUUCCCGCAGCAGCAAUUCCAGAAUGUUCAGCAGGGACAGGGACAGGUUCAGGGACAGGUUCAGGGACAGGUUCAGGGACAGGUUCAGGGACAAGGCCAGCGGAUCCCGCAGCAGCAGCAACAGUUCCAGCAGCAGUUCCAGCAACAGCAGCCGCCGCCUCAACAACAGACACAACCACAGGCGCAACCCCAGCAGCAGCAGCAACAACAACACACGGGCAAGAAGAUCCGUAACCUGCUGCCGUUUGGCAAGGGCAGCAAGGGUCAACAGCAGCAGCCGCAGCAGCCGCAACAACAGCCGCUGCCGUUCCAAGGUCAAGGCCGUCCGCUGUCGACCAUUUACCAGUACCAGCAGUCCAGCCAGCAGGGCCAGCCGGGCCAGCCGGGCCAGCCUGGGCAGCCCCCGUUCCAGCAGCUGCAACAGCAGCAGCAGCCUCAGCAAAGCUUCCAGCCUCAGUUCCAACAAGGUCCUCCGGGAGCCCAGGGCCAAGUGCCCCAAGGACAACCAGGACAACCAGGACAACCAGGACAACCAGGCCAACCAGGCCAACAAGGCCAACCGGGUCCGGCCAGCUCCAUUGCCUCGUACCAAGUCUCGCCCCAGAGCCGCCAUGGCACGCCGCAGAACUUCCCCACUGCCCAGCAAGGCUUCCAACAGCCGCCGCCGCAGCAGCAGCAGGCACAGGCCCCUACGCCGUCGCAGACGCCCGUCCCGUCCAGCUCCAUUGUGGCGACCCCGGCGUCGUCGCCGCCGCCGUCGCAGCAGCAGGCCGGCAGCAUCACGCAGAGCCCAGUUCAGCAGCGUGUUGUCAGCCCCGUCCCGUCGGCGCAAAGUCCCGUUCCUGUAUCGGCCACGACCGCAGCCCCGGCUUCCGGGCCCGUCGCCGAUGCCGUCUCCGCUCCGGCCCAUGCUUCGGCUCCGGUUCCGGCCCCGGCCGCGACCGAUGUACAAAGCCCGGCCCCGGAGCAGGGCCCGCGUGCGUCCGUGUCGUCGCCUGUGCCCAGCACGACCACGACCACAACCUCGCCGCUGCAGCAGACGGCAACUCAGUCGCCGGCGCACUCUGUCGCCCCGGCCACAACGACGAGCCCCGUGCAGCCGCAACAGCAGACGUCUCCGUCGGUGGGCCCGCAGGACGCUGCGGCCCAAAAGACACAGACACAGUCACAGGGACCGGCACAGGGACCGGCACAGGGACCGGCACAAGGACCGACGCAGCCUGGUCCCGGCCCGGUCGCCACAUCUGCGCCGAAUGGCCAGGUGGUCCAGCCCAACGGCUUCCAGCCGCCGAGACCCGUGCAGUCCUUUGGCCCGCCGGGUGCACCGCACGGCAGUCUUCCCCCACAGCAGCAGCAGCAGUUCCGCCCGGGACAGUACCAGGGCCCGCCGCAGCAAUUCCAGCAGCAAUUCCAGCCGAACCGGUUCCAGCCUGUCCAGAACCAGGUUCAGGGUCAGGUUCAGGGUCAGGGUCAGGGCCAGGGCCAGUUCCAGCCCCAGUUCCAGCCCCAGUUCCAACCGCAGCAAUUCCAGCAGGGCCAGUUUCAACAAGGCCAGCUCCCACAGGAGCCGCAACAGCCUCAGCAGCAGCCCAACUUCCAGCCUCAACAGCAACAGCAGGGCCCGCCGCUGACCAAGUACGCGACGCAGGGCACACCACCGACCCCGGACAACUUCUUCAGCCGCACCAACACCUUUGGCAGCAUUGUGCCCAACGAGAGCAACGCCAAUCGCCGCACGUCCGGUCUGCUGUCGGGCUUCAUGGGCAAAGUGCGUGGCAACAAGGACAAGAAGGACAAGGAGGACAAGGAGAACAGGCCGGGCACGUCCGCCGGCUCGGUGCCGGUGCAGCAGCAGCAGCAAUACCCACAAGGCAGCGUUGGCAGCCGUAUCGGCGGUGUCGGCGGUGUCGGCGGUGGCCUCUCGCAUGCCUCGACCUUUAGCACUUUGCCGGGCAGCCCGCACGGCACGCCGUCGCCUCUGCAGCAGCAGCCGCCCUUCCAGCAGCCGCCGCGGCCGUCGUUGAGUGGCCCGUCGACGCCCGUCGGCGGCGCUGCGAACGGUCCCUUUGGCCGCCCUCGCGCCGCAUCCAACGCACCGUCGCUCGGAGCCACGCCGUCGCAGCCGCAUCCGCCGUCGCAGCCGCAACUGCAGCAGCACCAGUCGCCGCAGGCCCCGCAGGCUCCCAACAGCGGUCCCCAGCAGCAGCCAUCCUCUGGACCGUCUGGCGCUCCUAGCGCCGUCCCGGCUUCCUCGCCGUCGCCGCUCUCCAUCAACACGAACCGUCUGCCUGCAGCAGGCCCCGGCGACCCCAACCAGACGCAGAGCCCGGCCACGGCCGGACCCGUGUCCGGCGGCGCGACAGGCACCGGCCCUGCAUCGGCUUCGACUGUGCGCAGCAACGUCGCGUCGCCCGUCUCCGGUGGCAGCAACAAUGUCGGCACGCCGCUGACCCGCGAGACCAGCGCACAGUCGCCCUUUUCUGGUCCUUCCGGUCCUCCCGGACCGGCCGGUGCCUCUGGUGUGCCUACCGGCCGCGCCAGCAUCGACGCUGGCGCACCCGGCUUUGCCGGUCCUGUCCCGACGGCCCGCGGCCGCCUCCCGUCUACGUCGGUACCGAACGCGCCCAGCCCGCUGUCGCGCAAGCCUGUCAAUGCAGCGCCGUCGCCCCUGCAGCAAGCAUCCCAGCCUCCAGCCCAGCCUCCAGCCCCUCCCGCAGGUGAUGCCACGGCGCAAGAUGGCGCUGCGACGCCCACACAGGCGGCGCUCCGUCGCCCGCCGGGCCUUGGCGAGCGUCCUGUGUCGACCGUCUCUGUGCUCACAAUCAAUGGCGGCCAGUCUGGCACCUCGACCCAGGCUGGUGGCAGGCCCCUGACCGACAUUGCGCCCGCUUCGACCGCGCGCAGCGGCUCGCCCACUGUCUCCAUGGUCAGCAUGCAGCCUCCCGUCAGCUCGUCCGGCGCCACCGUCGCGCCCUCGCAGCCGCCUGUGACCGGCGGUCCGUUCCAGCGUCCUGGCGAAGACGGGCAGCAGCUGCAGCCGGCCCAGACCAACAAUGGCCAGCAUGGCCAGCAGACCGUCUCCUUUGCGGCCAGCCACGAACAGAUCCCGGCUGCCCACCAGUCGAGUGCGCCUGGCCAGGUCUCGCGCACCGAAAAGGAAAUGGAACGCGCCAAGAAGUUCUUUGGCCGCUUCCGCCGAGGUGUCGGCGGUGUCGUGGGCGGCGUGGCUGGCGGCAAGAACAGCGGAGCCAACGGGGCCAACGGGGCCAGCGGCCACGGCCAUGCCAUCCACAGCCAUGACAGCGACAACACCGCCAACGAUCCCAACGGCCCGCCGCCCGGUGGCCCGCAGUACCCGCCCGGCCAUGCGCCGCCGGGCGGUCCUGUGCGCCCGAGCAUGCAGCUGGAGCGGCCCGGGUCGAACCAGUUCGUGCCGCAGGUGCAGGGCCAGCCGUCUCCGUCCGGGCCGGGCGUCCAGGUUGCGGGCCCCGUGUCCAACGGCACGGCCACGGCUCCGGCGCCCGUCACCCCCCAGCCGACAGGCCAGCCGACAGGCCAGCCGACAGGCCAGCCGACAGGUCAACAGACGGGCGGCGUCCUGCCAGGCCCCCACCGCAUGUACCAGGACCAGCGGCUCGCCCAGUUCCCCGGCCCCGUCCAGCCCAACAGCGUGCCGUCGGUGGACUCGCCCGUCGGUGCUCGCAAGCAGGCCCUGCAGCAGCAGAUCUCGCCCACCGAAGUGCGCCAGCAGCAGAACCUCCCUCCCCUGCCGCAGGUUCCGCAAAGUACCGUGGCACCAAACCAGCUGCCUCUACAGCAUCAACAGCAUCAACAGCAGCAGCAGCAGCAACUGCAGGGUCCCCAAGGCCAGCCUCCGUCCCAGCAGAAGCCGCAUCAGCACAGCACGUUUGGCUCGCUGUUCCGGCCCAAGGUGCUUCAGCAGCAGCAGCAACCCCAGCGGCAGCCCCAACAGCAGGCUCAGCAGCAGGUUCACGGCCAGCGUCAAGGGCAAGGUCAGCAGCAGCGCCCUCCUCAGCAACUGCAGCAGCAGCAACAACAGCAACACCACCACUUCCACGGCCUGCCGCACCACCAGCAACAGCAACUGCACCAGAUGCAGCAGCACCAACAGCAGCAACAACAGCAGCAGUAUCAGCCGCACCAGGAGCGCCAUUACGGUGCUGUGCCGAUCCCGCACGGCUAUGCCGCUGUCCACGGCGAGGGCUCCGUCGCUCCCUCGCAGUACAAUCUGGGCCGCCAGCCGCAGCCGCAGCCGCAGCCGCAACAGACGCAGCAGCCGCAACUCCAGCAGCCAUAUGGCCAGUUCCCGCCCCAGCAGAACCAGCAGUUCCAGCACCAGCAGUUCCCGCCUCAGCAGAACCCACAGUUCCAGCAGCAACAGACACAGCAGCCACAACAACCACAGCAACCACAGCAGGUGUGGAACUCGGCCGGUACGCAGCCUCAAGGGCAAGGCCAACCCCAGUUCCAAGUUCAGCAACAGCCUGGUCAGCAGGCCGUCCAGGUCAACGCGGUCCAGGCCAACGCGGUCCACGGCGGCCCGCAUCAGGCGCCGCAGCAGUCGCCGCAGCAGACCCAGGCUGACCAGGCUGCCUCCCGGAGCACGGCCGGCCCUGGGCCUGCGCCUCCAGCGACCACCACUGCCGGUCAAGCUGCGACAGCGCCCGCACACCCUCUGCAGCAGCACCCCGUCGCGUUCAUGGUCCCGCCCCCGCCGCCUGCCACGUCGAGCUUCUCUGCUGACGAGGAGAUUGUCGCCGAUGCCGUGCCCGCGCCCCUGCAGCCCUCGCCGCCGCCGGUCUCCAAAACGGGCGACGUGGCUGGCCGUAACAUCCCUGUAUCUGCCGCCGCCACCACCGCUGCCGCUGCAAGCGUCGCUGCCGCCGCUCUCCCUGUCAAGGCGGAAACGCCCGUCUCGUCGCUCCACCCGUCGCCGCAGCCCGACCCGUCCCAGCUGAGCGAGGGUGCCUCGGCGUCCGCCAGCCAGGCCCUCCCCAGCCAGGAGACCAGCCAGGCGCCCAGCGAGACCGCCCCGACGCCCUCGGCGACCACGCCGGCGGCCACGAACGCCGUCGUUGCGCCCGCGCCCCUGGUCGUGCAGGGCCCAGCCGUGCACAGUUCUGAGCAGCCCAGGAGCCCCGUCCAGACAAAAGUCGAGCCGCCUGCACUUCAGCCGCAGAGCCAAGUCUUUGUCCAACUGGCAGAGCCCGUCUAUGCUGCGCCGGUUCUGGCCCAGCCCUCGGCCCAGCCCCCGGCCCAGACUGAGAUCCAACCCGCGGCCAAGGACACGCCCCUCACCAACGGUGCCCUCGCCGCCGCCAAGGCCGCCCAGCUGUCGCCCAUUGCCACGGCCGCAGCAAACCAGCACGUGCCGGUCGAGGACGAGGACAUUUACAACGCCACGCCGCUGCACCCCAGCGCCCACACGCACGCCAACAAGACCAACAAGGUGUCGGAAGACCAGACCAUCCUCGACGACCCGCCAGCCUCGCCUGUUGGCCGUGCGGCGGAGCGUGCGGCGGCGCUUGCGGCGCCUGUUGCGACUCCCUUAGUUGUUGAGUCGGCAGCCCCCUCGGAUGCUGUGCCUGCUGUUCCAGCGGCCAAGACGGCAGAGCCUAUCAUUGCUGCUGCUCCUGCUGCUCCUGCUACGACUGCUACGACUGCUACGACUGCCACCACUUCGCCCGCUCCCACCUCACCUGCCGUUGUGAUCCCGGCCACAGCCUCUCGCGCGGCCGCCGACAUCACCUCCCCCAUUGGCCCCGCCGCGUCCGGCGAGCCCGACGUCAACAACAUUACACCGCCCUCGCCCGUUGACGACAUGGACUUUACCGAGUACGGCUUCCCCUCGGCCAAGCCGUCUGCCACCGGCGGUUUCGGCCGGUCGGCCGGCGCCAACGGGUCGGCCGGCGGUGCAUCGGACGGCAACGGCGGCGGCUCUGGCGAAGAGGGCGACGCCGUGUCGCGCCAAAAGACGAUCCGCCAGACCUCGGCGCAGCAGUUUGAAGACUACAAGCGCCGCCAGAUGCUCAAGGACCUGGAGGAGAAGAUCCCCGUGUUUGUGCCCGAGGCCGACGAGGAGCUGGAAGCCCAAAAGCAAAAAGAGCAGGAAGAGCCCGCCAUGUCCGCCACGAGCUACCCGGGCCAGGAGUGGAACCCGUACGAGGAGUUUGCCUACGUGGACGAUGAGUAG